GCUGCGGGCGUCGGCCGCCGGAGUAGACAUGGGGGCCGGCCGCACGGGGUCUGUGCUUGCUGUCCUGGGAGUGCUUGGUAUCUGUGCGGCCAGAGGCCCAGGACCCGCGGCGGAGGGGCAGACAGGCGGGGAGGCGGAGUGGGCGGAGCCGUGGGAUGGCGCGGUUUUCCGGCCUCCGUCGGCGCUGGGCGCAGUGGGGGUGGCUCGCAGUCCGGGGGCCCCGCGGCCCGGGAGGGAGGAAGCGGUGGACUUGCCGGUGCUGCUGUGGUGGAGUCCGGGGCUGUUUCCUCAUUUCCAGGGAGACUCGGAGCGCAUCGAGUGCGCGCGCGGCGCGUGCGUGGCGUCCCGGGACCGACGGGUGCGGGGAGACUCGCGGACGCGCGCGCUGCUCUUCUACGGCACCGACUUCCGCGCGUCCGAGGCGCCGCUUCCGCGCCUGGCGCACCAGAGCUGGGCGCUUCUGCACGAGGAGUCGCCCCUCAACAACUUCUUGCUGAGCCACGGUCCGGGCAUCCGCCUCUUCAACCUUACCGCCACCUUCAGUCGCUACUCGGACUACCCGCUGCCGCUGCAGUGGCUGCCGGGGAUCGCUUACCUGCGCCGCGCGGCACCUCCGGUCGAGGAGCGCGCACAGUGGCGCCGCCGCGGCUACGCGCCGCUGCUCUAUCUGCAGUCCCACUGCGACGUGCCUGCGGACCGGGACCGCUACGUGCGCGAGCUCAUGCGCUACAUUCCGGUGGACUCCUAUGGGAAGUGCCUGCAGAAUCGGGAGCUGCCCGCGCCGCGGUUACGGGACACAGCCACAGCCACCACCGAGGAUCCAGAGCUCUUGGCCUUCUUGUCCCGCUAUAAAUUCCAUUUGGCCCUCGAAAAUGCCAUCUGCGACGACUACAUGACAGAAAAACUGUGGCGCCCCAUGCACCUCGGCGCUGUACCCGUGUACCGCGGCUCUCCCUCUGUGAGGGACUGGAUGCCGAACAACCACUCCAUCAUCCUCAUUGACGACUUUGAGUCGCCGCAGAAGCUGGCAGAGUUUAUUGACUUCCUGGACAAAAAUGAUGAAGAAUAUAUGAAAUACUUGGCAUACAAGCAACCUGGGGGCGUCACUAACCAGUUCCUUCUGGAUAGUUUGAAGCAGCGCGAAUGGGGAGUGAAUGACCCCUUACUGCCUAACUACCUUAACGGCUUUGAGUGUUUUGUCUGUGACCACGAACUGGCGCGGCUGGAUGCCGAGAAGGCCCACGCAGCCUCUCCUGGGAACAGCCCGGUCCCUGAGCCUCAUAUUGCCCAGCCCUCACACAUGGACUGCCCGGUGCCCACACCUGGCUUUGGCAGUGUGGAAGAGAUUCCUGAGAAUGACAGCUGGAAGGAGAUGUGGCUCCAAGAUUAUUGGCAAGGUCUGGACCAGGGGGAAGCUCUCACUGCCAUGAUCCACAACAAUGAGACACUUCAGGGGAAAUUUUGGGAUUACCUAACAGAGAUCUUCAUGAAAAGGAACCAAAAUCUCUAAUUGCUCAUACAAGUAUUUAACUUGACAGAGCUAAGGAGAUGGAAGUCCUUCAACCAUGGGACGUGAAGGAUAUCCGAUGCACAAGUCCUUAAUGAACACUAUCUUACCAUGAAUCCCAGGAGUAAGUUAUAUCCACUGAUAUUUUAUUCUAAUCAUGUGUAGCCAGGGUCUCAGCCUAUGGUAAUAGAGCCUCUUCUCAAGGAGAGAUGAAGGCAUCCAGUUUUUGAUUCAAUGGGAACCAGAAGCCUGAAACACCCCCGUUUGAUUCAAGGUGCUGAUCAACAGAAUUUUUAAAGAACUCCUUAUUUUUCUAGCUCUUUCUGCCUCUCAAUCGUGAUUGGGACAUGUUAGUACUUGGCUGUGAAUGAGGUAAGAUGGGCCAGGUUUAAAGUAUGAAAACCUGUCCUGUAUUCUUUAAACUACUCAUUAUUCAGUACCUUUUCCUAAUUUCUAUUCCUGUCUCUAGCUUUAUAAACUGUUUAUGUUGGUGGUGAAGCAAAACUCCUGGUGGGUUGUAUCCUGGCUCUCUCGAGUUGUAUUUUUUUUUUAUCACUUACUUUGCCUUUCAUGUCAGCCUUUUUAUUUUGAAUGGCUUUUCUUGCCUGAUUUUCCACAAUUUCUGUUGGAGAUGGAGUAGCCUUGCCACCAUUCCCACACUCAUUUCCACCUGCAUUAAACUGGCUAUAGAUCGGACACCUUUUCUUACUGCUGAUUUGCUUUACAUCUAGGGCAUAUCUGAAAUUCCUUCUCACCUCAUGAAUAUCAAGACUCAGAGGCUAAUAAAUAUCAUGUCAACUUAAGGAAUCAUCCUGCUUUAUUUUAGAGAUGGAGACUCAGGCUGGAAAUGAUAGCAGAAAAAGUUGUCAUUUCAGAAGGUUAAAAAUAGGUCAAUGUGAAUCAAAGCGCAGAUUUUUAUAGGUCUUUGGUCUUUUUCUGUCUGCCUAAUGAACUCUUCUAUUUUAUUAUCUUUAUAUGCUACAAAAGUCCAUUUCCCCCCAAAACUCAUGAAAAUUAUGGUGGAAGAAACAGCCCAGCAAUAUAGCUCUAGUAAUUAUCUCAUAUUAUCUCAUAUUCUGUGGCACUUUUAAGUGGGAUAAACAUUCCAACUUCAUUCAUUCUAUUACUGUUACAGUGCAUAACUUUAUAGUACUUACUGAGACCACAUUUUGAUGAAGUCCACCCAAGGCCCUAAACCCAAGGGGAUGAGAGGUGAAGCAAGACAUUUAAGCCAUCAUGACUGGCUGGCUAAAUAAAAAGUUGUUAGAUUUGGGGAGGUAGCCAAACACGUCUAUUACUGUGGUUUAAACAUACAGCUUAAUGGAGAGGGAGAUCUUCUGCUUUUUCUGGGGCAGUGGAACAAGGAAGAACACCUUGGAUCUUAGAACUACACUGGUUGUAAUAUAUUAAUGAAUUAUCACUAGAGAAAUCCCAUAGCUUAUCAAUAUAUCUGGUUUAAAUUAGUGUGUAUGCAUGUGUAUAUAUACACACAUUAUAUACAGACAUAUAUAUGUGGUUGUAAAGACUGAAGAGGAAGAUGAUGCUUAUGACUUCAGUAUCGACUAUGUAUAAUAGAACCUUGGGUAUCUACAAGGUUUUAAUAUUGAACAGCCUGCUAAGCUGUUCCAUGUGUGAUAUACCAGCUUGUUUUUAAAUUUAAAAAAUCUAGCUCUUUAUUUACAUCAAAGCUAACAUCAAGUGUUUAUUUUAAAACAUAAUGGCACUUCCUUUGAAUGGGGUAAAUACAAUUUCUGGCUGACAUGAAACUAUACAAUAUCCCACAAAAUGGAAAUGCUGCAACAGACCUCACAAUAAACAUUUAUAUAUGUGGGGUGCUCAUAUAUAUAUUGGGCUUCCCUUGUGGCUCAGCUGGUAAAGGAUCCGCCUGCAGUGUGGGAGACCUGGGUUCGAUCCCUGUGUUGGGAAAAUCCCCUGGAGAAGGGAAAGGCUACCCACUCCAGUAUUCUGGCCUGGAGAAUUCCAUGGACUGUGUAUAGUUCAUGGGGUCACAGUUGGAUUUUCACUUUCAUAUAUACAUAUAUGAUGCUUCCACUAGGGCCCCAUACUUAUUGUGACCUUUGAAGAUGUAGCCAACAGAAGUUACAAUUUAGGCUGGAUUUCACUGCCAGGGUGAUUCUUUUUUUCUUUUUUUGACUGUGCCACACAACUUGUGGGACAUCAGUUCCCUGACCUGGGACUGAAUCUGGGCCCGUGGCAGUGAAAGAGCAGAGUCCCAACCACUGGACCACCAGGGAACUCCCUUUUUUCAUUUAAUAAAAAAUGCCCUUCAGGACUUCCUUAGCAGUCCAGUGUUUAAGACUCUGCCUUCCAAUGCAGCGGGGUAGGUUUGAUCCUUAGUUCCCUGGUCCCGAACUAAGAUCCCACAUACCCCAAGGAGCAGCCAAGAAAAAAAAGGGCCCUUCAUAACAGCAUGGGAAGUUUUCUGUUUGGACUUUUGCAGAAAAGAACAAGAAAGACAGACCUUUGAAAAUACUUACGUUAAAAUUUGAUAUAGUACAGACUCUUACAAAAGCCAAAUUCAGGACUCUGAUUUCUAAGUAUGCAAGCUAUUUAAAUGCAGACACCAGUUUAUAUUGUAUACAAAAUACAGUAUUACCCAAGUGCAAACUAAGGUUAGGACUCAAAUUUCUUUAUGUGCAAUAAAAUGGGUAGGCAAUGGUUAUGCAAGGUGUAGAAUCAUUCUUACUUCUCGUGUUUAAUUACACCAGUUCAACUGGCACUACCUUAGCACUUUUAUGUACAAAGUAGGCCAGUUGUUUAUAAAUGAUUGUGGAUGGAGACUCCUCCCUGGUUUGUGGUCAGUGCUUCCGAGACUUUCUUCUUUAUUCCUCUUACCACAAAAGUAUUCACAAAAGAGCAGGGUAAACCAGGUGCUACCUUUCCACAAGGGAAAGCAGAACCACAAGUAGCCACACGGCUAUCCAACGGCUUCACUUUCUCUGUGGAGAAAGCAAGCAAUGUGAAUUUUCUGUGGUUUGGGGCCCAGCCUGCUGUGUAGACCACAGCAGGCUUGAGGUUAUUAGUGGUAGAAGUGUCCGAUAGAAAUCAACUUUGUGUUGCUGGAGUGGGGGUGGAGCAUGGGGCUGAUGCCUUUAUAAUUCCCAAGAGUUGCUAUUUUCUAUUGUCUCAGGUUUAAUUUUGUAUAAUAAAUGGCUUCUUUUUAAACAGUG